AUGAUGCAGCAUCUGAUCGGCCUGAUGCAGCACCCCCGUAUCGGAAAGGAGUACCCGACCUCAUCUGAUCAGCUGUUUGCCCCGGACUAUAUUCAUAAGCAUCACACUGGGUGUAUUGAGUGUAGCUUGGCAGAAUCAGUCUGCGACACAGCCUUGAAUGCCUCCUGCGAGGAGCUUGAGUGCGAUCAGGAUAUGCUUGUUCAACGUGUUCGGCGAUCCGGACGCGAUGGCCGCUGCGCUCUUUUUCAGAAUAUUCCAUAUCAAAGGAAUAAAGGGUAUAUUGUCCGCGAUGGACAGUUAGCCGAGCUUGAACACCGAUUAUUUUCGCCGGGUCAACAGCGCAAGGUUGCGCUUACGGGCCUCGGCGGUGUUGGUAAAACACAAGAUGCAAUUGAGCUCGCUCACCGAUUGCAAUUGACACAGCCUGAGCUCUCUAUUUUUUGGAUUCCAGCUACAACUUCCGAAAGUCUCCAAGAAGCCUAUUUUGAUAUCGCUCAAAAGCUACGAUUCCCAGAACUUGAAGAGGGGGCUGAUCCCAAGAAGCUGCUCCAAAAUUACUUAGGUGACAAGAACGCGGGACAGUGGCUCUUAAUUUUUGACGAUGCCGAAGAUAUCGAUUUGUGGUAUGGCAAGUCCUUAGGUAAUACAGGGCUAUAUGGUCUGAGCGACUAUCUUCCCUGGAGUCCUACUGGAAGUAUAUUGUUCACUACUCGUUCUAAGAAGCUUGCUUCAAAGCUCGCGAUGCAGAACACAAUCGAAAUUAGAGAGAUGGACGACGUAAAGGCAAAGGAACUUUUCGCCAUGCGUUUACAUGAUAAGGAUUUGCUCCGCGAAGAAACCGAAAUUGCAUUGCUUCUGAAGCAGCUUGUGUUCCUUCCGUUGGCAAUCGUGCAGGCCGCUUCUUAUAUAAAUGAGAACACCAUAACCUCGGUUGCAGAGUACCGAUAUCUCUUGACACAACCGGAGGAGAAGAUAGUUGAUCUUGUAAGCGAGAAUGAGACGCAUUGGCGAUCUCGUGGCAUCGCUAAUGCAGUCGCCACAACGUGGCUUGUGUCUUUUGAACGCAUCUAUCGUCUGAACCGCCUAGCCAUCGAUAUUCUCUCUUUCAUGGCUUGCGUACAGCCAACAGCUAUCCCUGAGUCUCUUCUACCACCCGCACCAUCUCGGAUGGCUUGGGUUGAGGCCAUUGGCAUCUUGAGGGGGUAUUCAUUCGUCACCAAGCGGUCUACAGAACAGGGGUUUGACCUUCAUCGGCUUGUUCACCUUGCAAUGCGUAGCUGGUUAAGAAAGAAUGGAAAUUUAUUGACACAGACGGUCACGACACUCGCGAGGUUGGUAGAGGUAUUCCCGAACGACGAUCAUACGAAUAGGGCCCUGUGGAAGGCAUGUCUGCCUCAUGCCCUAAAUGUUGUUCAUAAGGAUGAAGUGCAAAACAUGCCAAAGAGAUAUGAGCUGCUAUUCAAAGUUUCACUGUGUCUCUUAGCGGAUGGUCGGACAACAGAAGCUAUUGAGUACCUUACAGAUCUCAACGACUGGCAGAAGAGUCCAUAUGAUCAACACCAUCCAUUUAUAUUGGCGUCUCAGCAUGAACUUGCAAGAGCAUAUCUAGUCAAUGGACGUGCAAGAAACGCAGUGGAGCUACUCGAGCGUGUGGUUGCGAUUGAGGGGGAAACACUGGCUGAAGAGCAUCCUAGUCUACUGGGGUCUCAGUAUACGCUCGCAGCAGCAUAUCGUGCCAAUACGCAGAUUCCAGAGGCGGUGAAGCUACUCAGGCACGUAGUCGCAGUGAAAUUGAGAACGGGGUCACAACAGGACCUUUCUUUACUGGCGUCUCAGCAAGAACUCGCAGGAGCGUGUGCAGCCAAUGGGGAGAUCCAGGAGGUCAUGGAGUUACUUGAGCAUAUCAAGCAGGCAGUGAAACUUCUCGAGUAUGUGGUCACACUACAGGAAGGAACACUAGCCCCAGAGCAACCCUCUCUACUGGCGUCUCAGCAUGAACUUGCAGUAGCAUAUCGAGCAGAUGGUCAGAUAAAGAAGGCAUUGGAGCUACUCGAGCGUGUGGUCAAGAUCAAGGAGGAGACACUGAACGAAGCGCACUUGUCCUUUCUAGCGUCCCAGUACGAACUCGCAGAGACACGUGCAGCAAACGAGCAAAUAAUAGAGGCAAUUGAACUGUUUGAGGAUGUGGUCACGGUACAAAAGAGGACAUUGGCCAGAGGACACCACUUUCGAAUCAAAGCUCAGCAUGAACUCGCAGCAGCAUAUAGAGUCAAUGGUCAGAUCAAGGAGGCUGUGGAGGUACUCGAGCACGUGGUUGCGAUAGAGGUGGAAAACCUGGCGGACGAGCACCCGAAUCAACUGACAUCUCAGUAUCUUCUGGCGGGAGCAUAUCGAGCUAAUGAGCAGAUCGGGGAGGCAGCGAAUGUCUUUCAGCAGAUAAUCGCAGUGGAACAGAGAGCUCUGGCCGAAGGGCAUCCUUCUCAAAUGGCCUCCCAGGAUGCCGUCUGCAUUUUCUAA